AUGGAAAUUAUCUGUUUGCAAAAAAAAAAUUGUUUCAUUCCUGAAACAGAUCAGGAAACUUCAGAUACUCCUCCUGAGAGAACUCAGUCCUCAAAUCUUAAGGCUCACUACAGAAUUUCUACUCAAGAGACACCUUACGAGUGUAAUGUAUGUGGGAUAUUGUUUCUACAGUUCUCAAGACUUAAAGUUCACCAUAGAAUUCAUACCAAGGACAAUCCUUACAAAUGUAAUAAAUGUGGGAAAUCUUUUACACAAUCAUCAACUUUUCAUCUUCACCACAGAUUUCAUAAUGGAAACAAACCUUACAAAUGUAAUGAAUGUGGCAAAUCUUUUAUUCAGUCUUCAGAUCUUAAAGUUCACCAGAGAAUCCAUAUUGGAGACAAACCUUACAAAUGUAGUGAAUGUGGCAAAUGUUUUAUACAUUGUCAGAUCUUAAAGUUCACCACCAAAUUCAUACUGGAAACUAAUAUUACAAAUAUAAUGAAUGUGGAAUUUAUCCCAUUCUCAAAUGUUCAAGUUCACUACAGAAUCCAUACAAGAGGUAGUCAGUCUUCUUGA